AUGGGCGUGAUCGAUCGUCAUCGCGUAUCACCGUGGCCAGCAUUGCCGAUGGACGAGGCGUAUCGUGUCAUUGAGGAUGAGGCUACGCUCGUCACGACAAAACGCGUCGCCGUUUGGGAAGUGGCUAUCGGUGACGUGGUGGCUGAAGAUAUUUGUUCGGCGUAUAACGUCCCGGAGGUGCGCACCUCGAUCAAAGAUGGAUAUGCUGUUUUGGCUUCCGAUCCGCCAGGGAAACGCACCGUCAUUGGAUUCUCAACAGCCGGCUCGCCAUGUAAUAAGACCAUCAAUCCAGGCGAAUGCGUGCGAGUGAGCACGGGAGCCUUUGUCCCUGAUUCGGCCACCGGGGUGGUGAUGGUGGAAAGGACGAAACUGCUCGAACAUGAUGGCUCCGAAGAGUUGGUGAUCGAGGUGGAGGGGAAUACGACGGAUGGGCAAGACAUCAGGCUCCCCGGAAGUGAUACUUCGCUUGGAGAUCUACUCCUCGAAAAAGGCGCCGUCGUCGGCAGUGCAGAAUUGGGGAUCCUACUUGCCAGCGGCGUUCAACUCGUGAGCAUCUACGAAAAGCCGACGGUGGCUGUAAUGUCUACCGGAAAUGAGGUUUGCGAAGCCGUAACUCAAAGGGUUCCGGUGGGCCAUAUCCGCGACACAAAUCGUCCUCAACUAUUGGCCCUAUUCCGUCAGACAGGGGCAAAUGUGCUGGAUAUGAGGAUUGUUGAGGACGAAGAAGAUACCCUCGUGAAGGCCAUCUCUACCGCGUUGUCCGUCUGCUCGGUUCUGAUCUCUUCCGGCGGCGUCUCCAUGGGCGAAAAGGAUCUCCUCAAAACCGUUCUGGCCAACAAGUUUGGAUUUAAGAUCCAUUUCGGGCGUGUUUUUAUGAAGCCCGGAUUGCCGACGACUUUUGCGACGGGGGAAUUUAAUGGCCAGAAAAAGUUAGUAUUCGCACUGCCUGGAAACCCAGUCUCCUCCUGGGUGUGCGCCCAACUUUUCGCCGUCCCAGCAGUCCGGAAGCUACGCGGCGAAACACGAUUCCGUCAUACCAAAAUGGCCGUAAAGCUAGCCGAUACCGUAAGACUGGAUCCGCGUCCGGAAUUCCGGAGGGCAUUCAUCGAACGGAAUGAGGAUGGGACCGGACUGCCUCUAGCCACCACCACCGGCAAUCAAAUUUCGAGCCGUUUGGUUAGCCUCAGGGGAGCCCAACUGCUACUCGAAUUGCCCGGAAAAACCGACGGCCUAACCGAAAUCCCGGCCGGAUCGAUCGUUGAGGGCCUCGUCAUUGGCAGACUA